AUGGAAGCAGCAGGAGAUGAGGAGAGGCCCUUGCUCCAUCACCCACAUCCUCAUCUCUAUCAGGAUGGGAAUUCAAGAUACACUAGUGAUGGAACAGUUGAUGUUGACGGACAACCUGCUGUUAAGGCAAGCACAGGGGACUGGAGAGCCUGCUUCUUUGUCCUAGGUAUCCAAUUCAGCGAAUGCCUGGCCUUCUUCGCUAUCUCCAAGAACUUGGUCACCUACCUAACCAGCGUGCUCCACGAAAGCAACAUCGACGCGGCGAGGAAUGUGUCCACUUGGAUUGGCACCACAUUCUUCACGCCGCUUGUUGGAGCUUUCUUAGCAGACACCUAUUGGGGAAGAUACAAGACAUUAGUGGUUUUCCUCUCGGUUUAUGCUCUCGGAAUGCUUGUCCUCACGGUUUCGACGACACUCCCAUGGAUGCGGCAAUCCUCCAGCAAUGAUGAGAUCCAUCGUAUCGCCGUCUACACAGGACUCUAUCUUACAGCCCUUGGCAAUGGUGGCAUCAAGCCAUGUACUUCCACUUUUGGUGCUGACCAGUUUGACAUCACCGACCCGUCGGAGCAGUUAAAGAAGGGCUCCUUCUUCAAUUGGUUCUACUUCUCGACCAGUAUUGGUUCCCUUCUAUCGACCACUAUGAUCGUGUGGGUGCAAGAUAAUGCUGGUUGGGGCAUUGGCUUCGCGGUCCCGACGAUCUUCAUGAGCCUCAGCUUCACAGUGUUCAUCGCUGGUAGGAGGAUCUAUAGGUACAAGACACUGGGAGAGAGUCCCAUGACAAGAGUGUCUCAGGUUGUUGUUGCAGCUGCAAGGAAUCACCAUAUGGAUUUGCCAGAUGAUUGCUCAACCCUACAUCACCUGCCUUCAGCACCAUUAGAGGCUACGUUCAAUGUUCACCAUACCACUCAGUUCAGAUUUUUGGACAAGGCUGCCAUUGUACCAGCACCAACAGUGGAGAAGAAAGGCACGUCGACAAGCCCGUGGAGGCUAUGCGUAGUGUCUCAUGUGGAGGAGGUGAAGAUGUUGUUGCGAUUGUGCCCCACAUGGGCGUCCUUGGUGAUAUUCUUCAUGAUCAUGUCGCAGAUGUCGUCGACGGUGAUUGAGCAGGGCAUGAUAAUGGACAACCGCGUGGGGCCAUUUGUUGUGCCGCCAGCCUCCAUCGCCAGCUUCACCGUGGUUACCACGCUCGUGCUAGUCCCCAUCUACGACAUGGUGCUGGUGCCCUUGGCCCGGCACGCCACCGGUGAGGAUCGAGGCCUCACGCAGUCACAGCGCCUCGGCAUUGGCUUCGCGAUGUCCACACUCUGCAUGGCCUACUUGGCGCUGCUCGAGAGGAACCGGCUCGCGGUAGCCGCGACCGGGGAAAUGAUGAACAUCAUGUGGCAAGCACCGGCGUAUGUUGUGUUGGGUGCCGGCGAGGUGUUCACGGUAAUUGGCAUGUUGGAGCUCUUCUAUGACCGGUCACCAGACGGAAUGAGGAGCCUAUGCACUGCACUAUCACAGCUCGCUGUCGCGGUGGGGAACUACCUCAACUCAGCUGUGCUGGGCGUUGUCGCAUCCACAACGGUGUGGAUUUCGGAGGACCUCGACAAAGGCCACCUAGACUACUUCUUCUGGACGAUGGCGGCGCUCGGUGCCCUGAAUCUGUUGCAAUUUUUGUUCUUCUCCAUGAGAAAACUACAAAGACCUUGUCCCGUGAUUAAGUUUCAUUGGAUCGAUGGAUCAAAACUUACGCAUGGAAGAUAUAUCUAUGAACUCGAUCACUUGUGUAGUUUUCAGGAUUUGCCCAACAAAGUAUACUACUAA